CAAGCCUCCCGACUCCCCCUUUGUCUGCCAGGUACUGGCCUCGCUUCGCACAAAAUUGCUCUUUGGUUUCGACAUUCCACAACUGUCAACAUGGGAAUCGGUAAACGUUAUCGAGUGGCUGCAAGCCUGCUAGCACUGGCAUCGCACGCCUCAGCCCAAGUCGCGAGCGUGUGUCCGAGUACCGACGUGUGCUUCAAACUAAACAUUCCAGAAAGUACCACCUCGUCCGGAAAUGGAGACAUCUUCUUCCAGUUAUCGGCGCCUAGCACUUACGAAUGGGUUGCCCUCGGCCAGGGAGAAAGCAUGAGCGGUUCCAACAUUUUCGUCAUGUACACUGCUGGCAACGGCAAUGUAACUGUCUCCCCGCGACUGGGAAGAGGCCACCAAAUGCCCGAGUUCAACAGUAAUGCGCAAAUCACUCUCCUUGAAGGCUCAGGAGUUUCCAACGGCAAGAUGGUUGCAAACGUCAGAUGCGCAAGUUGCAACUCGUGGUCAGGAGGCUCUGCAAGUUUCUCUGGAAACAAUGGCAACUGGAUCUAUGCCUACUCCUCAUCAGGAGGUCCCAAAGAUACCACCAGCCAGUCGGCAGACAUCCCACAGCACAACCAAGAGGAUAGCUUCUUGUGGAGUUAUGCAAAUGCAAAAGGAGGAAACAGUGUCAAUCCGUUGCUCAGUGGAAGUACUUCGUCUGGCACAGGGAACGGGGGUUCCGCGUCAAGUUGUAUACCUCGCGCUGCUGCAAAUACAGGGUCGUCUGGAGCAAGCGGAUCAGCGGCCAGUGCAUCUGUAUCAAGCAGCGCCGGAAGUCCGGCUGCCACGUCUCGUGGAGAUGAUGACGACGAUAAGACCACGAAAUGGGGUGGACGUCCGACACAAUGGGGUUCACGGGACAACUCGUGGCCUACAGCAGCUCCUACAAGUCAAGGUCAAGGUUACCGGGAGAAACGGGAUGAUAACCCCCAAAACCUCCCCUAUUGCGAGGACAAUAGUGGCUUCACAUCCCUCUCGUCCACAGGGGGUGGCUCACAGACGACCAAGAUGGUUACAGCGCACGCAGCUCUGGCGGCACUGGCUUUUGUCAUGUUCUUCCCAGUUGGUUCCAUCGCAAUCCGUCUAGCAUCUUUCACCGGGGUAGUCUGGUUUCACGCUGCGUUCCAGGUGCUGGGCUACCUCAUUUUCAUUGCAGCCUUUGGCAUUGGCGUGUACUUGGCCAGUACUAUGCGCAUGCUUCAAGAAACGCAUCCCAUCAUCGGAAUUGUUGUAUUCGUCGUCCUCUUCUUCCAGCCUAUCCUCGGGUUGGUUCACCACUCCCUCUUCAAGAAAUAUCAAACCCGCACUAUCUGGUCCCAUGGUCACAUUUGGAUUGGGAGAUCUGCGAUCACUCUGGGUAUUAUCAAUGGCGGCCUUGGGUUCAAACUAGCUGGUGAUGUAGGAAGCAGUGGAAUGAUAGCCUACUCGGUUUGCGCGGGCGUGAUCUGGCUGAUCUGGGUCGCGGCGUCCAUCUUUGGCGAGACCAGGAGGAAGAAAGCGGCACAAUCCCCGCCUGUGUAUAAGGAAAGAGACACCCCGAGGGGUAACUCUGAUGAGCCAUUGGGUCCUGAGACGAGCCAUGUGCCACACCCCGAAAACGGUCAUUAUGCGCCCCCGAAGAAUUAAAGCCACCGAGGAGCGGAUUUGUUGUUUACGGCCGUGCAUUCAGCAGGUAGCGAUGCAGUGUACUCACUCCUAU